AUAGGUUGGAAGAAAUAGGAAGUGAGGCAGGUACUUCACGUCGAUUCGACCCGGCGCUGCCUUUGGCGCAAUAUUCCUUAAGCUGAUAGCUAUGCCAGGAACACUGUGACCAUUCAAUUUACCGAUGUGCGGAAGGAACAUGGCGAUGUCAAAACGGCAGAAAAGACUCGGCGAAGACGAGGAGAGCGACGGCUCGAAUGAGUCCCAAAACGAAGACAGUGAUUCCGAGCAAGACGAGCUAGUCGACACCGAGGUGAACGUCGACUUCGAGGCGCGCACUCCGGACGACUCAGACUUCCAUGGCAUCAAGAGGCUCCUUCAGCAACUGUUCCUCAAGGCACGUGUCAAUCUCUCAGAUCUUACCAAUCUCAUUCUCGAACGAAAUUUCGUUGCCAGCGUCAUUAAGCAGUGUGACGACGAUGUGGACGAUGACGACGAGGCCAUGCAGGAUGACGAAGACGGCGUCUUCGGCGUCAUGAGCGUAGUCAACCUCACCGAGAGCCGGCAACGGGAGUGCGUCCAGCAGAUCGUGACUCUCCUGCGCGACCAGUGCCGCGCUUCAGCUAGCGGACUGGCGGCAAAGUUCGACGAAUACUUUACCGAGGACAGCUACCAAAUCGGUCUCGUGAUCAGCGAGCGCUUCGUGAACAUACCGCCGCGGAUCGCUCUACCUCUGUACGACGCACUAGCACGAGACGUUGAAGCUGCCAAAGCGGCAGGCAAGAAGUACGACUUCACCCACCUCUUGGUCAUAUGCAAACAGUACAGAGCGUCGGAGAACGACGACCAGGGCGGCGCCGUGUUUGCUAACGCCGAAGAGGAGCUCUUCGAAGAGGAGGCCGACCUACAGUUCGAGUACAACGUGACAGCAGACACCGGUACCGCUGUCGCCGGCGACUGGAAGGAGGAAGACGAAGAGAUGAAGCAGAUACGCAAGGUCCUCGUUAUACCGACGACCAAGUGGGCCCGCAUCAUGGACAAGCUCAAAGGCGCGUUGCAAUAAUAAAGCGCGCUGCCACUGGUUGGUCGUUUGGACAUGAGAAACAUCUGUUGUGUACUCGCCUUCUGUGCUUGCACGUGUCCUGUAAAAAAGGCGCACUCAGUAUUGUCAGGUUUUUGGUUUUGUUCCGUUCAGCAAAAGGCUGAAAAGAGCGUCUGCAAUCGAGUUGGGUUGUUUCUGUGUGCUCACGGUGUGUACGUCUGGUGACUGUGUGCCAAGGUCAUAAAGACACAGCCACAAAGAAUUUAAAGAAGGGGAUGGCUUAAUGCAGGGCUCUCUUUCAUUUCCAGUGGUCUGUGACUGCUACCCAAAAGCUCAGCUCGAUUGCCUGUUACCAUAAUGGACCUUAUGUAAAUCUUCAGUUCCUUUCACUCCCUCUCUAAACUUUCUCAUACAGAUAAAUGUUUUGCACUUUCCUGAUGCAGGGUUCCAAACAGAUAUUCUGUAAAGUGCUGGCUGUUUACCGCAAGGCAGAUGCGAAUGCAAUUUGCCUGCCACCACUGCAAGCUGUAUUGUGGCCUCCAAAGAACUGGAGAGACAGCACCUCUCGUAGCACACUACAGGCAUCCACAAGAAGUGAUCACACCCUAGAAGAAGCCAGCAUUGCACUGAGAUUUUGCCUAGUGGACAGGCAACAUUACCGUGAUGAAAGAGUAAUCACUGGUACUGAUUUAGACGAGUUGAACUGGCAAAUCCAUGGCAGGAAACCAGCGCAGUAGUAGUACUGGUCACUACAACACUGAAAGAGAAGUAGACGCAGUGUGGGCAUCUAAAUCUUUCUUAAUGGUCUUGCAGUUAGCACCCUUCCUGCGCUGGUUGCUCAUCACGGAGUACGCGCUGCUCAGGCAAGCAGCCUUGAAGCCUUUCCAGGGAUGCACAGUGUCGGCAUAGCCCAGAAUAUGCAUUCCACUUCUGGAGCUGCACCACAGCUCCAUUGCAUGGGAGAAUAUUGCAGAUCUGCUGCCACUAUCUUGCUCUCCUAAAACAUAUGUUGUUUACUUGUUAAUUGGUUGUCCAAAGUUGGCACUGUCCGAGAAUAGGUCAAGCCUCACAGUGAUGACCUAAUAGGUGUGCUAUCCAAUUCCAUCAGCUGUUCUAUGGUAUCAACAGUCCAAGAAGAGGUAUGUGUGUUGACAAGGAAUUAGCCAAUGCAAUGCAUUAUAUGUUUUUGCAUUGCUGCAUCUUUUCAGACAACAUGCCUUCAGACUUGAAGCUUUGUAAACGCUUGUACUCGCCACAACCCAACCUAUGUCUGCUGUUUGCAGAGGCAUGUUACCUGUUUUUGUUGUUCAUGCUUGAAGACUGGAAGGUAUUAAAGAGCAGAUGGAAAAAAUCA